AUGAUAGGAGGCAUUGGGGAUGGGAGCCUCUUCGUAAUCUAUGAGAUGACAGUUUGUAAUGUCUCAUCUCUUUCGAGUCAAUUGUUCGUCAUUGAAACCUUGACUGGAAAUAAUUAUGUAAGAUGGAAACGAGAUGUAGAGAUAGCACCUGGUCUUUUAGGCUUGAAUUUUGCAAUGGAGAAAAAACUCGACAAACUUACAGAUAAGAGCAAUAUUGAAUAUGUAGCCGAAUGUGAUGGUACAAGUGGUAUUGGAGAGCACGUUAUGAAGAUGAUAAAUAUAUCAUCAGAGCUAAAGGCUAUUAAAACUCCCUUGGCCUUAGUUUGUUUUGAGUCUUCCUUUGUAGAUGUGCUUUUGAAUUUUUGGUGGUUAGACUCGGAAGCUAGUAUUCAUAUUAAUUCCUUGCAGGGGUUCCUGAUUUUCUGCUCUCUGUUAAGGCUACCAGCUUCUCUCUCUAGAAAUGAGAAAAUUUCCACGGCGGAUUCGGUGAUUCGCGAACUGGGGUUGGCUAAAUGUAAGGAUACAAUUAUUGGGAACAGUUUUAUUCGAGGAAUUUCAGGUGGUGAAAGAAAAAGAGUAAGCAUAGCACAUGAAAUGCUGAUAAACCCUAGUUUAUUAAUUCUUGACGAGCCGACAUCGGGGUUGGAUUCCACGGCAGCGUUCCGGCUGAUGACGACGCUGGGGUCACUGGCGGAGAAGGGGAAAACGAUAGUUACCUCGGUGCAUCAGCCGUCGAGCCGAGUUUACCAGUCGUUUGACUCGGUGGUGGUUUUGUCCGAAGGGAGGUGUAUAUAUUUCGGUAAAGGGAAUGAGGUCAUGAAUUAUUUUGAAUCUGUUGGCUUCUGCCCAAGUUUUCCCAUGAAUCCUGCUGAUUUCUUGCUUGAUCUGGCUAACGGGGUGUGCCAACUUGAUGGGAUAAGGGACAAAGAGAAGCCUAAUGUGAGGCAAAACCUAGUAUCCUCUUACAAUGCAGUAUUGGCCCCAAAGGUGAAGGCAGCCUGCUUGGAUUCCACAAGUAUGGCAACAAAAGAGAUUAUGAUUGUGGGAAAACACACCUGUGAUUACAAACAGAGUUUUUCGACGUGGUUCGAUCAGUUUAUUAUUCUCCUCCAACGAAACAUGAAAGAGAGAAAGCAUGAAACAUUUAACCCUCUGGGAGUUUUUCAAGUGAUCACGGCCUCAUUGUUAGCUGGUUUCAUGUGGUGGCACUCUGAUUAUCGGGAUAUUCAGGAUCGUCUAGGGCUUCUUUUCUUCAUUGCUAUCUUCUGGGGUGUUUUUCCAUCUUUCGGUGCCGUGUUUGCAUUUCCUCACGAGCGAGCUAUUUUCGUCAAGGAAAGAGCUUCGGGUAUGUAUACGCUAUUGUCCUAUUUCAUGGCCCGUAUUACGGGGGACCUACCCAUGGAUAUGAUUCUCCCCAUAUUAUUCCUGGCAAUAGUGUAUUGGAUGACCGGGCUAAAAUCUGAGCUGUGCGCAUUUUUGCUAACCCUAAUUGUGCUCCUAAGUCAUGUGCUUGUAUCUCAAGGACUCGGCCUUGCUCUUGGUGCAUUGAUCAUGGAUGCCAAGAAGGCGUCAACUGUGGUAACUGUCACAAUGCUAGCAUUUGUUUUAACAGGAGGAUUCUACGUGCACAAGGUGCCAGCCUUCAUGUCAUGGUUUAAGUAUAUUUCGACCAUAUUUUAUAGCUAUCGGCUUUUAAUCAACGUCCAAUAUGGUGAUGGGACACAAAUUUCCUCAUUGCUCGGAUGCUCUAUCAAAGAUGGCCAAAAGAGAGCAAGCUGUAAAUUUGUUAACCAAGACAUCGUAGGACAAAUGCAUCCAGCAAUGAGCGUUGGGAUUUUGCUCAUCAUGUUUGUAGGAUAUAGAGUAUUGGCCUACAUCGCCUUGUGGCGCAUCAGAGAUUGAAAAAAUUGUGUAGGGGUGUUGAAUCAUAUUGGCCUAAGGCUUUGGAUAACUAGAAAAGCAAACCGAUGAUUGAUCGAUUUCUUGA